AUGAGGCCCCCCCCAGACCCUCCCCACAGAAAGCACAUCCCCGGGCAGAGCCUCCUGCUCACAGCCUCACUUGUAACCUCCUGGAACUCUCCCAGCACUGCCCAACUCAGUAUGGAAUCUGUGCUGUUCAAUGCUGCUGAAGGGAAGGAUUUAUGUCUGGAACAAAGGAAAAAGGUAAAUACCCCAGGGCCUGCAUACAGCAGUCAAAAGACAUUAUUCCCCAAUGGAUCCCUGCUGUUCCAGAACAUCACCCGGGGGGACACAGGACACUACACACUACAAAUCGUAGAUGCAAAGCUCAGCACUGACCAAGUAUCUGGACAGUUCCACAUACACCAUAAGUUCCUGAUUCCAGGUGACCAAAAGCCUGUGGCCAAGUCUGGGUUUUUGCCUCUUGGGCAGACCUUAUGUGGAGCAAUGAUUUACCAGCUGCUGGAGUCUUAUCACCAGUCCGUAGAGCUGGACACCAGCCAAGGCUCAACCCGAAGAGCCAUAUCUGGGGAAGGGCGGAGCCUAGUCCUUCACCUUCUUGACAUAGAGAUAAUAGACAGACAGCCGCAGAAAUUGGCAGAUCACAAUCACAGGCUGGAUCAGUCCCUGGACAACAGGACUCUCACUCUACUCAGCGUCACAAGGAAUGAUACAGGACCCUAUGAGUGUGGAACCCAGAAUCCAGUGAGUGCCAGACACAGCGAUCCAUUCACUCUGAAUGUGCUCU